AUAUAACCAGCGAAGUCCGAACGAGCAUGCAAGACGAAUUGAGUGUUCUCAUAAAUAAACUUAUCAGUCGAAACAGGCAGCUGCACUACUAUCAGGGCUAUCACGAUGUAAUCGGUAUUUUGGCUCAGGUGUUGUCCACAAAGGAUCAGUUGCCGAGCUGCGAGCGAUUGUCUCAAUUUCAUCUGCG